UGAAAACGACGGUCGCCACCGGCAGCCGUCAAGUCCAAUGCUGUCGCCGCCGCAGCACCGCGACUAUAUCCGUGCGGCGGACGAUCGUGACGCCGCGCAAACGUCGGUCCGAGAUCACCUUCGAAAACCCGGUCUAACCGGAUAGAUAAUAUAGAUUACAUUUUUGUUCGCGCGCAUAAUGUCAUAACGUAGGUAGGUAUAACGUACGAAUGUUUUGUUUUUAUUGAUUUUCGGCGGCGGCGGGACAAACAGCGUCCAAGGACUACAGCUAUCCGGCGGCUAUCGCGGACGCAGCGACGGUGCAACAGGUUUCCGGUGCAUGGUAUAGUUUUCACCGGUGGACUCGGAACGCAAUAGACAGAAUAGUGUAAAAUGUCCGCGGUUCACUGUGACUGAGCAGCUCCGUCGUCGCCGUGUCUCGUCUCCGGUGUUUCGUCGCACCGUCCGCUAUCGGCCGAGCCGUCGUCGUUUUUCUUGCAAUUCCGUUUCCCGCUCAUCGACGCUACCCGCGGGACCGCCGACGAUGACCGAGCUUUUCGGAAGCGCUGCCCAUACGACUGCUGCCGUUCGUAAUAUUUAAGUGUGACCAUGAUCGUGGCGAACUAGUCGACGUUAUAACGCAGCAGCAGCAGCAGUACCUCCAACAUGAACCGAAUGGGCAAAGACCGGAAGUCGGCGAAAUCCCUUUCGCUGGAAGAGAAAAAGUACCUGUUGGCGGUACAGCGGGGAGACGUGGCCAACGUGCAGAGGAUGAUCCAACGAGCUUUUCGAUCGGGGCACAUAGACAUCAACUGCGUCGACUCUUUUGGUCGAGGUGCCAUCAAUCUAGCGAUCGAAGCCGAAAAUUUGGAAAUGCUCGAAAUGCUGGUGGUAAUGGGCGUGGGGCCCAAGGACAAUCUGUUGCACGCCAUCAAUGCCGAGUUCGUCGAGGCUGUGGAGCUCCUUCUCCAAUACGAGGAAUUGGUGCACACGGAAGGCGAACCAUACAGUUGGGAAAAAGUUGAUUGGAACACCGCUUGUUUCACUCCUGACAUCACGCCGCUCAUUUUGGCCGCACACAAGAAUAACUAUGAGAUCAUCAAAAUGUUGCUGGACCGAGGAGCAACACUUCCGAUGCCGCAUACAAUCAAGUGUGGAUGUGAGAAGUGCAUUACAUCUUCGAAAAUGGAUUCGUUGCGAUACUCGAUGUGUCGAGUGAACGAAUAUAGAGCACUGGCCAGUCCGUCACUGAUCGCACUCUCGUCAGCCGAUCCAAUACUCACGGCGUUCCAGUUGUCGUGGGAGCUGAGGAGAUUGGCCAGAAUCGAAAAAGAAUUCAAAAACGAAUACUUGGAACUCCGACAACAAUGUGAACAAUUCGCUGUUGAUCUGCUCGGGCAAACGCGAAGCUCCUACGAAUUAGAUGUGAUUUUAAAGCACGACUCGGAAAAUGCACCAACCACAGGAUCCUCAAAACUAAGACUCGUCGAACUUGCAAUAAAAUAUAAACAAAAAAACUUUGUAGCACAUCCGUAUAUACAACAACUUUUGGCAACCGUCUGGUACGAAGGUCUUCCAGGAUUUCGUCGCCUACGACUUUACAAGCAAAUAAUUGAAAUCAUCAAAAUCGUCUACUUUUUUCCAUUCUACUGUCUUGUGUACUUAUACGCACCCGGCGCUCAGAUUGGAAAAGUAAUGGAAAGACCAUUUAUGAAAUUUUUAAUUCAUUCAUCUUCGUAUCUAUCAUAUUUAGGUCUAUUGGUACUGGUGUCGCAGAGGGCCGAAACACAGUUUAUAGAGCUCUUCGGGUCCGAGUCUAUGAACAAAAGUCUGCGACUGCGACAACUCCGCCAACGCGGCAACGGACCGUCGUACAUAGAGCUCUUGAUUUUGCAUUUUGUCAUCGGAUACAUCUGGCAGGAGAUACUUGACGUACGCAGGGACGGCCUGAAGAGGUACCUGGCGCACAACGCAUGGAAUUACGUGGAAUUUGCCAGGAACAAGAUGUACGUGACGGUGAUCGCGCUGAGAGUUUACGCUUACGUGACUGAAAACUCACAAAUACUGGCCGACCCGUCUUCAGCGUUCAUUCCCAGGGAGAAAUGGGAAACUUUCGACCCUCAACUCUUGGCCGACGCCCUGUUUGCCGCCUCCAACAUACUGAGCGCUUUAAAGCUGAUCCAUAUGUGUUCAAUAAGUUCACAUUUGGGACCAUUACAACUGUCGUUGAAACGAAUUCUCAUCGAUAUACUCAAGUUCUUCAGUAUUUACAGUUUAGUGUUAUUUUCAUUCGCGUGCGGACUCAAUCAGUUAAUGUGGUAUUUUGCCGAUCUGGAACGGAAAAAAUGUUAUAGCUUAAUAGAAGCCGGAUCGGGUGAGUCGUGCUCGAAAUGGAAGAAUUUCGGAAAUGUGUUCGAAUCCAUACAUACUCUGUUUUGGACGGGUUUUGGUGAGGUCGAUCUCGAAACCUUUGAUCUACCAGGAAUGAAACCUUACACUAGAUUCUGGGCACUUUUUAUGUUCGCUACUUAUUCAGUAAUUAACGUCACAAUUAUGUUGAACCUGCUCAUCGCUAUGAUGUCCAAUUCCUAUUCUGUCAUUGAGGGUCAAUCGGACGUGGAAUGGAAAUUUUCCAGAUCGAAACUGUGGCUGAGCUGUUUCGAAGAAACACCGACACUUCCUUCGCCUUACAACGUGUAUCCAACUCUGAAACACUUCAAAAAGCUUUAUUGUUUCGUAUGGAAGGUUAAGAAAACUGACUCGUGGCCUCGGAAUGACAAAGAUAAUAAUUUUAUAAAUAAAAAUCAAAGGGAGAGUGAAUUUGCCACUGUAAUGCGAGCCCUCAUCUGGCGGUAUAUUUCGAUGAAGCAUCGAGAAAUGGAAAAUAUGGGCGUAACUGAAGAAGAUGUUAACGAAAUUAAGUCUGAACUCAGUACAAUGAAGUACGACUUUUUAGAAGUACUCCGGAAAAAUGGCAUGGAAGUGCCCAGCGAUCAUCGGAAAAAGACCAUGGACAAAAAAUCCAAAAUCUGGGAACGACGGUUGAUGUCAGACUUUUACGUGGCACCAGUGUUUCCGGGUGGCAGCGUUUGCAGCAGCAGCAUCGAUGAUGUCUCGCUCGAACAUCGAUUGCGGCCGAUCGAUCGUUUCCGUAAGGCUGUCCGGAUGGUGGCAGCCAACUCGGCGUCCGGCAGAUGGCGGACUACCAUAUGUGGCGUGUAUCAAAACUCGCCGAUCGGUACCACGGCCGGGCUCGGGUCCGUCGUCAACAAGCAGAACCUCAAGUGGGCCAUGAACGAGGUGUGGGCUUCCCGCGAAAAGCGGUCGUCGGCGAGUCUAGAGCCGGCGGCGGCGAACGCGCAGGCUGCCAUUGUCGCGUCGCCGUUGUCGACUUCGUACCCGUUCGAAUUGCCGGAGCGCCGGAGCACCCUGCGCGCGCUCAUCGAUGAGUUCCGCCGCGGCGAGCACCAACUCCACCGCGGGCCCGGCGAGGGCGCUUCGUCGUGGGCGGCCCCGGCGCCGGUCCGCGGGCAACUGCUGAAAGCGCCUCAGCCGCCACGCCAAAGUCCGCAGCUGCAGCCGGCCAUGAGGAAAUCCGCGUCCGUCUGGUACGCCGCGCCCCCGGCGCCCGACCGGCCGCUGGUCACCCGGAUGAGCAUGCCCAACCUGAGAUCUUCUGGAUCCACCGUCGACCGUCGCCAGCAGAACCCGCAGCACCACUCCGGACCCAUACUCGAGUGACACCGACACGCAUACCAACCGAUGCAGUCGCGUGUCCCGGGGAUUAUUGUUUUCCCCUUUUAAAUCGAAGCCAAACUCGACGUGACCUGCCGGUACGGGACGGCUUUACUUGGAAGUGAGUGGGGUUGGGGUUUUGUUACCUUUUUACCACGGUUUAUUGGUUUACAUAAUUGUUCGAAUGAAUAUACAUCAUCAAUAAUGUUUAGUAGACAUAAUGCGAUUUGAAAAAUUGUUAAAAUAAAAUAAUAUAAAUAUUUUGUUAAUUCUGUG